AAAAGAAAACAAGAGAAGUUGUAAGACUGACUGUCCCAAGAACUAUACGCUCAUUUAUACCAGAAAACAGACAAGAGAAGAAGAGGCUGCUGAAGACAAAAACUUCUCUGCAAACACCUGUGCACGGCAAUGUGUGUGGGCAUCCGUGAGAAGAAGGAAGCUUCAUAUUUCAGUAAUAAUUUUGUCCUUUGUCAAUUGGAAGAAGAGGCUGGGAACUCCCUUUGGAAGGAACAUAGAAUCUGUGAAGUUUGAGCAAGCGGCCUUCCCAAGAUGUACCGAAUAUCUCAACUGAUGUCAACACCAGUAGCAAGUUCUUCCAGGUUGGAAAGAGAAUAUGCUGGAGAACUGUCUCCCACGUGUAUUUUCCCAAGUUUUACCUGUGAUUCCCUGAAUGGUGACCAUUCUUUUGAAUGCAGCUCCGUAGAUCCCCUGACAGGCUCCCACUAUAUCUGUCGCCGAAGUCCCAGACUCCUCACCAAUGGCUACUAUAUUUGGAACGAAGACAGCUUCCUGUGCGACAAAGAUGGCAACAUAACUCUGAACCCAUCCCAGACCAGUGUUAUGUACAAAGAGAACUUAGUUAGGAUAUUUAGAAAGAAAAAGAGAAUCCGUCAUCCCUUUUCUUCUCUCUUCAACCUCAGUACCUCCAAACCUUGGCUGCAUGGAAGUAUCUUUUGUGACGUCGACUCUUCUCCAAGUGAGGACAACUGGUUGGAGGGGAUCAAGAGGUUGGACACAGACCAUUGCAAUGGAAAUGCAGAUGAUUUACACUGUUCUCCGAUUGAUGACUGGGAGUCGGGGAAGAUGAAUGCAGAAUCUGUAAUCACCUCCUCUUCCAGCCACAUCGUAUCUCAGCCUCCUGGAGGAAACACCCACAGUUUGUCUCCUCAGUCCCAGCUGACAGCUUCUGAACGUUUCCAGGAGAAUAGUUCGGAUCAUUCAGAAACCAGUUUGUUGCAAGAGGUCUUCUUUCAGACCAUCCUGCUUGCUGUGUGCUUAAUCAUUUCUGCAUGUGCAAGAUGGUUUAUGGGAGAAAUAUUAGCCAGUGUCUUCACAUGUUCAUUGAUGAUAACUAUAGCUUAUGUGAAAUCAUUGUUUCUCAGCCUUGCCAGCUAUUUCAAAACCACUGCCUGUGCUCGGUUUGUCAAAAUUUGACAACCAUUUACGAAUGCCUUCAAUGAAUGUACUCCAUCUGAGUAUCCGGAAAUUGUCCAACUUGCAGUCUACUUGGAAUCAAGUGUUUUAUUGAAAGGGAGUAAGCAAGUAAUUAAGAAAAAUCCAUUUUAGUUGGACUAUGUGAUUUUAAAAUGAUCUCAGUUUUUCCAUCAAAAUUAUAAUAUGCUCAUGAAAAUACUAUUAAUUUGCCUUCCCUUUGCAAACACCAGCAGUUGAAAGGGAAAGGACAGGGAAUGUGAUGGAAAAGAGACCGCCUGGAAUAAAUGUUCCCCUAUGAUUCUCUAAGGCAGUGGUUCUCGAGCUUGAAUUUUCAUUAGGAAAUUCUGUGAGGCGCUUGUAACCAGAUUCAUGUAUCUGCCACAUGCACCUAUCUCUUGCUGAAUUGCUUUAAUAGAACAAUGAGAGCAAGUUUGUCUAAUUAAUACCAACCUGGCAACUUGAAUAACAAUAAAUACAAUUUGUACAUAAAAUAUAAUGCUGCAAAAGUUUGUCAUUCACCUCAAUGGAGUGACUUGAUAUUAGAUGGUAACAGUAGGUGAUGGUUGAUAUGAAAAUGGAUAGGAAAGAAGCGUUUUCUGAAAGUUAUAUUCUUUUGAACCACUUUCUAAACCAAGUUUUUAAUCUUGGGGCUCAUAAUUACCUUUCACUUAAAUUGCACUUAAAGAUAUAACACAGAAAAACGCCUUAAGGACAAAAUAAAGGCAAAACACCAGAGCGCUUUGAAAUGCAUGAAAAUGGUGCAGCUGUACCCUGGAGCCUUGACUCAAGGGCUCUAGAAAAUGUUCCCUUUGUACCCCUCACACUUGGUGCAUGUUCACAAAGCAAAUAUGGCCUGCCAUUCAAAUUUGUUCUAUGUGAUAUUCUCUGAGUAAAAACUCUUAUGUGCAGAAAAUUGUCUUUGCUCAAAAUGGUAAUGCCAAAAUGUAACUUUAUAUAUAAUUUGCAUUUAGUGCAUUUUUUGCUUAAAAAAUAAACUAAUAAAUAAGUGGAGUCACCAGCAAA